GGCGUGUUUUACACCCCGGUAGUACAAAACGUGAUCAGGUGAAGUUAAUCGAGGAUGGAAAAAAACUUGUAGAUAUCUGUAAUAAGAAAAGUAUAAAGGAAGACAGUGGAAAUUUGAGCAAAAAUGGCCACGAAGAGCACCGAUCUGAGCAGUACUUCAGAAUCUGACCUACCAAUGUUGCAAUUUGCCCUGUUCAGCAGUGCACUUGAUGCUGGUUUCUGGCAUGAGCUGACCCAGAGAAAACUCAAUGACUACCGACUGGAUGAGAGUCCUAAAAAUAUAAGAGGAUACUACUAUAAUGGUGAUCCACCUGGCCUUCCAACACGUUUAACUUUGGAAUUCAGUGCCUUUGAUGUGGAUGGACAGACACCUGCACACUGUUCUCCAGCCUUUGGAACUCUGUACAAUACCAAUACCUUGGAAUCCUUCAAGGCAUGUGAUAAGAAGGCACUUAUUGAAAAGGCGGCUAAAGAGAUAUGGGAGGCAAUAUGGUCUGGUGCAGCAGCUGAAAACCCUUCAGUGUUGAACACAUUCCUGUUGUUGACAUUUGCCGAUCUGAAAAAAUAUCAUUUCUAUUAUUGGUUCUGCUUUCCUGCAUUAUGCUUUACUGAUGGCGUUCCUGUUAUUAAGCAGCCAGUUAGUCUUGGAGAGAAAUUCUCUUCCUCUCAGAUCCAAGCAUUGCAAGAGGCAUAUGAUGACUUGUGUCAAAAACAAGGAACUUCUGCAGUACCUUAUUUUCUUAUCAAAUAUGAAGCAAAUUCUGUUGUACUUUCUCCUUUUCAGUCUUGGGAUGACUUUUUCAAUGGUCAAACUAAGGUAACAGUUGGAGUGUAUGAUCCAUGCACAUUACAACAAUAUCCUGGAUGGCCACUGAGGAAUCUUUUAGUCCUGAUUGCGUGUAAAUGGGGUGGCCUUCUAGAGUCCUUAGAGGUGAUCUGCUUCAGAGACAGAACCAUGCAAGGACAGAGAGAAACCAAGCACAGCAUUGUAUUUGACAUAAAACUUCCACAGAUGACACUGGAGUCAGGAUGCCCCAAAUGUGUUGGAUGGGAGAAAAACGCCAAAGGAAACAUGGGUCCAAGGAUGGUAAAUCUCAGUCAGUGUAUGGAUCCUAAAAGAUUAGCAGAGUCUUCAGUAGACCUUAAUCUAAAACUGAUGCGCUGGCGAUUGGUUCCAUCCCUGGACUUGGAGAAGGUUGUAUCUGCUAAAUGUCUUUUACUUGGUGCUGGUACUCUCGGCUGCAAUGUGGCUAGAACUCUAAUGGGCUGGGGAGUAAGGCACAUUACAUUUGUGGACAAUGCAAAAAUCUCGUAUUCGAACCCUGUACGACAGCCAUUAUUUGAGUUUGAAGAUUGCUUGAAUGGUGGAAAGUCUAAAGCACUUGCAGCUGCAGAUAGACUUCGAAAGAUCUUCCCUGGAGUGAAUGCUGAAGGUUACUCUUUAAGUAUUCCUAUGCCAGGCCAUCCAGUAAAUUUUUCAGAAGUAACAAUGGAACAUGCACAAAAGGAUGCAGAACAACUUGAGAAAUUAAUUUCAUCCCAUGAUGUGAUAUUUCUAUUGAUGGACACACGUGAAAGCAGGUGGUUGCCUACUGUUAUUGCUGCCUACCAGCGAAAGCUGGUAAUUAAUGCAGCCUUAGGAUUUGAUACGUUUGUUGUGAUGAGACAUGGACUAAAGAAACAGAGGGAUCGGGAAUCUGGGGAAUCCUGCUGCACAUCCACAAUGAGCUCCAGUACAGCCUCUGGAUCUUCCCUGUUUUCCAACAUUCCUGGCUACAAAUUAGGCUGCUAUUUCUGCAAUGACGUUGUGGCACCUGGAAAUUCCACCAAAGACCGUACAUUGGACCAGCAGUGCACUGUCAGCAGGCCAGGGCUGGCUAUGAUAGCAGGAGCCCUUGCAGUUGAACUGAUGAUUUCUGUGUUACAGCAUCCAGAUGGAGGUUAUGCAGUGGCCAGUAGCAGUGAUGAUCGAAUGAAUGAACCCCCCACUUCACUUGGACUUGUUCCUCAUCAGAUUCGAGGAUUUUUAUCGAGAUUUGACAAUGUCCUUCCUGCAAGUUUAGCAUUUGAUAAGUGUACAGCUUGUUCUCCAACAAUCCUUGAACAUUAUGAGAGAGAAGGGUUCCAGUUCUUAGAAAAAGUGUUCAAUUCUUCUCAUUCCUUCUUGGAAGACCUCACAGGCCUUACAUUACUGCAUCAGGAAACCCAAGCUGCCGAGAUUUGGGACAUGAGUGAUGAAGAAGCAAUCUGAAUAUAUUCAUUGAAGACAAGAAACUGGGGAUUCCAGAUGCAAAGAGUGCCAUUGUUUGCCACUGAUCUGUCCACUUUAUUUUUAAUUACAAUCACAGCAGAACUGGUGUGCAUAUCAUUGUCGUGGUGUUUUGAUCUUUUGUGUAUUCUGUCAGAACAGUACCUUAGCUGUAUUGCAAUGAUGGACAUGUUAAAUAUUACAUAUUACUUGUCUUUUAAAGAGCACUUACAAUAGAAGUACCUCACAUUAGAAGAAAGUUUUAGUGACCAGCUACACUUUAUUUCCUUUCCAAUAAAAAAGCUGGUUUCACUUGUUCUCUCUUACACUUUCAAAGAAAGAGCUUGUGUUUUACUACUUUAAAGCCAGAUGCCCACUUCCCUGUCUUCUGGCUGUUGUGUCUGCAGCUCACAUUUUAUAAGUUCUGUUAUUUCUAACAUUGACAGGAUGCAGAUAUAUUUUAAUACGAUUAACAGUUUAUCCCCUCAGGAUGUAGCUGUGAGUCAGUUACCUUAAGGAUCAGGGGCAUGGCCAAAGCCAUAAAUCUGUAAUGCUUUCUAAAUGUUGAUGUUGGUCAGUUAGAAUAUUGACAAAGAAAUACAGUUUGCAUUAGAAUGCAUUUUAGAAUAUGUCUUUUACUAUAAUGUCUGCAACUUUUUGCUUAUAACAUUUGCUUCUUUCCUGUCAGAGAAUCAAAUUUUUUUGGUGGAAAGGCACAUGCAUACAUUUGAUCAAAAACUGGGGCAUCCCUAAUAAUCAGUGACCUCUGAGAGUUUUGUAAACUUUGGGAUAGUCUGGUGUUUGCACUCAUAUCCCUCAAAACUGUUAGUAGUAAAUGUACAAGUGUAAGACAGGUAUAUGUCAUUAUGUUACUGUAGACUGUAUAGCAAAUUAUAGACUGUUGACCACAAGUGAUACCUAGUUCUGCUUACCUCAGAUUAUGUUUCUUAUUCUAGUUAAUUGAUUGUGAAGAAUUCUGCCCAUUUUCUGUUACUUUUAUUAUUUUCCAAGUGUAAAUCUCUGCUUUAGCGUAUAUUUAUGUCCAUUUAUUAGUAAUGGAUGUACCUGUGUUCACAUUGAGAUGUUCUUCCAAGUACUUUAAUUGCAGUAACACAAAAUGAACAAUGAUCUUCAUGAAUUUUCUAUUGAUCUUGGUAGUUAUUGAAUCAUUUUUAUCAUUAAAUUUAUAAUUACAGUUAUGACAAAUAUUUCUUAAACUGAUGUAUUUAUAACAAAUGCAGCAUACAACCAUAUUUCUGUUUUAAAAAUUUGUAGUUCCUAUAGGCAGCAUUUUGUCAGAUAUUCACAUGUAUCUUUGUAUUUUAUUUGCAUAGUGUUUUUUCUAGUAAAGUAUAAAAGAUACGUUAGAAAAUGAAGGAAACAUCUUGCAUCCUUCAAGGAAAUUUGGCUUUCUUCCCUUUCUUUCCAGAAACUACAUGAAUUUUUCUCACUUUCUUUCAAAGUUCUACAUCAUAGAACGUUUCCGUAUAUGAGCUGACAAUAUUUGAGAGAGAACUCGGAAAGGUGUACAUACAGUGCACUUUUUGACAUUAAUUUCUCCACCAGUAGUUUGUUUUUCACUACCAGAACAGGAAAGUCCAUGUCCACCCAAUAACAUUCCAGUACCUAAUAAUAAUAAAUAGUAAUACUUUUCCUUA